AUCAUGCCUUGGAAGAAAGUUUAAAAACAAUUUGACUCUCCUCUUCUUCCUCUCUCUUUGUCUCAACUUCUCAACAGCUUCCCCAUUACUCUCACAAAUUAGGUUUUGGGGGAAAAUACUGGUAAUGUUGAUUUUGUAGUCCCUGAAAACCCUAAAUAACACAGAGAGAACGAGAGAGAUUGAUAGAGAAGAUGAAGAGGAGUACAUCAGGAGCAAUCAGCGUUGCUGAUAGUGCUCAGAAACUUCCUGUAGAGAAUCGAAUCUCUCUUCGUUUCUAUUACCGUAUCGCUGAUAAUCUCCUCAGACAGGCUGCCAUUUUUCGAGCCGAGAAGAAUAUAAUAGAUCUAUAUAUUAUGCUCUUAAGAUUUUCAAGUUUGAUCGUUGACACCAUACCAUGCCAUAAGGAUUACCAGUUCAUUUUGCAGAGGGAAAGGCAAUCAUUUGGAAAGAGAUUAUUGAAUGUUCUGAGUGAGCUGGAAUCAUUAAAGCCAGAAGUACAGCUGCAGAUCAAUGAAUUGAACAGAAAACGGACCAUUAAGGAAAAUGGACGGGAUGCAUAUGAUCCUUCAUUAGAGUGGCCUCCUGCUAAAAAUCAGGCUCGACCAAAUUACGAGAUUGGAAAGAUACCACGUUCUGUUGGGCGAGGAAGCACAAUCCAGAACCCAUUAAUCCAGCGAGAUAAAUGUUCAUAUGGUCAGCCUGUAGAGGAACAAUUUCGCAAAUUCAACUUAACUGUACCCCGUCCUUCAGAAGAGACAUUAUCAAAGCACUCCAUUUUUGGUCCAAAUGGACUUUCCGGGCAGUGGCAGCCACCCAAAAGUAACACAAGGGUUGAAUAUCCAAGCAAUUUAGAUUUCACUCCAAUUGAAAUCCCAAGUUUGCAGCAGCCACUGCCAAUGAUUCAAAAUGGCAGUUCAAAUACUGAAUCUGGAAAAUCUACUCUUGAGGCGGUGCUUUCGCUGAAUAAUGAUAGUCAACCUCUUAAUACCGAGGAGCCUCGUCCAAUGAUUUCCUUGGAUGCGAUAGAACUUCCUACUCGAGUUGAAAUUGUUAGACAACCGUCUCCUCCACCUGUCCUUGCAGAUGUACAUGAUUUAAUCCCCGCGUCCUCACCGCAAGUUACCGAGGCAGGAUGCGGGAUGGAUUCGUUACCCGAUGAACUUGCUCGAUCCAAAUCCCCGCUGGAACUGCACAUUUCAACAGCCGUGAUGGAAACUUUUUUGAGACUAGCUUCAUCAAAUACUAAAAGGAACUUAGAAACCUGCGGUGUCCUUGCAGGUUUACUUAAAAACAGAAAAUUCUAUGUAUCAGCUCUUAUCAUACCAAAGCAGGAGUCCACAUCAGAUACUUGUCAGACAACAAAUGAAGAGGAAAUAUUUGAUGUUCAGGAUAAGCAGUCUCUUUUCCCUCUUGGAUGGAUACAUACACAUCCUACUCAGUCAUGUUUCAUGUCAUCGGUGGACGUUCACACUCAUUACUCAUAUCAGAUUAUGUUGCCUGAAGCUAUUGCAAUUGUUAUGGCUCCAAAAGAUAGUUCCAGAAAGUACGGUAUUUUCAGAUUGACAUCCCCUGGAGGCAUGUCAGUCAUCAGAAAAUGCCCACAACGUGGUUUCCAUACACAUCAGCAGCCACCUGAUGGCGGGCCAAUCUACGAUCAGUGUACAGAAGUUUAUAUGAAUCCUAGUAUGAAGUUUGAUAUCAUUGAUCUCAGGUGAUUAUAUUUUGUAUAACUAGUGCAAAUUGCACAUGCUUAGCGUGUUAGACGACAUCAGAUAUACAUGUUCUGGGGGAUUGGAUUGUAUCUUACACAAGUUCUUUUUCGGUUUCCAAAAAUGUAUAUGGCUCCCAUGAACAACUUAAAUUUUUCAACAAUGAAAAAUAGUCACCAGACAAAGAAAAGGAGUUGAAUGUAAACCUGUACGAUACUAUUUUUUCUAGCAUUGCUGAAUGGAUUAUUUAGCUUAAAUA